AUGAGCAAAGUUGUAAAUAUUGAUGACAUCCCGGCUCAAUGCCUCGGUGAAACCGGUCCAUUAAGCAACAGACCUCCCUCCGAACAGGAAUUGAAGGAUUCCGUCGCCCUCGAGGAGACGCUUGCGCAAAUGAACAUAUUUGAAACACAAGAAGAGAUUCAUCAAAGACGCGAAGCUUUAAUAAAACUUCAGGAAAUCUCAAAUCAUUGGAUUUAUAAAAAAGCCUUAGAACAAAAUCUCCCCGAACAUAAUGCAAGUUCGACAACGGGAAAAAUCUUUACUUUUGGUUCAUACCGAUUGGGUGUUAACUUUAUUGGUGCUGAUAUUGAUGCCUUGCUGGUCGUUCCGCGAUUUAUCACCAGGGAGGAGUUUUUCUCUGACUUCCAAGCGGUACUUGCUGCGGAAGAAUCCGUUGAAGAUUUACAGGCUGUACAAGAUGCAUACGUGCCACUUUUGAAGAUGAAGUUAAUGGGUGUCGAGAUUGACUUGCUGUUCGCUCAAGUGGAUCUUAUGUCAGUGCGAAGUGACUUUAACCUCUCUGAUAAUUCGGAACAGUUGCUCCGUAAUAUGGACGAAAGGGACGUUCGCAGCGUUAAUGGAGUUCGUGUUACAGAGGAUAUGCUGAAUCUUGUGUACCCAAAGGAUGCUUUUAAAACGGCACUAAAGGUUAUUCGACUUUGGGCCAAAAGAAAGAACAUCUACUCUAACGCUAUCGGUUUUCUUGGAGGCGUCAGUUGGGCUAUAUUAACUUGUCGGAUAUGUCAACUUUAUCCGUUCGCUCCUCCCUCCACCAUUGUUCAUCUCUUUUUCAUCAUCUACAGUCAGUGGCCAUGGCCAAAGCCAGUUCGACUACGUGAAUCAGAGUACAUUGCCUCCUUGAAUUUGCCUGUGUGGGAUCCAAGACACAAUCCCACGGACCAAUAUCACCUUAUGCCAAUUCUAACGCCGAGUUACCCAUCCCAGAAUUCCACGUACAAUGUUCAAAGAAGUAACCGUAUCAUCAUCGAUAGGGAAAUCAAGCAUGGUCUCAGCGUGGUGAAGGAAAUACUUCUUCAGAAGCGUCCUUGGUCCGAUCUCUUUGAGCCGGCCUUCUUUUUCACCUACCGGCACUACGUGGUUGUCAUCGUGACUGGCGAGGAGAAGCGACCUUUCAAGGAGCGCUGUGGCUUGGUGGAAUCUCGAUUACGCAUAUUAGUGAGCAGUGCGGAGAACAAUCGCUACGUAAAGCUGGCACACGUUAACUGCCACUCCUACGGCAAAGGUCCCCUUGACGGGGAUGCACCUUUCGUUAAAAAGUGGUUUAUCGGCAUGGAAUUUGAUCGAAAUCCUACCUCCUCUACCUCGCUUACAAAUCAUUCGUCCACCGCUACAGCGGCGGCUGCAGCGUCAACCACAUCUCAAUCCACCGAUUCCUCAACUCCGCCUGCGAAGCUCAAUAUUGACUUAAGCGAUGUUAUAAAUUCCUUUGAGGUUGCAAUCGAUCGGGGAAUGUCAGCUGAUGCCGCAACUACAACGGUAACAGUGAAAUAUGCCAAAAGGUCCCAUCUCUCUCAACUUCUAUCAGCCGAGGAUAUGGAAAGUAUUAGGAAACAGUCAGCUGCACAUGCAGUUGCUAAUCAUGGCAUAACACGCCACGGUUCAAAUCUCAGUCAAAUGUCUUCUAAUUCCCCUCGAAACUCCGAUUCUCCAAGCUACACUGCGCCCUCUCCUCAAGUGUCCGGCACCGUUAGUACAUCCUCUCCUCGCUCAUCUUCAGCCUCGGACCUCAAUGCCAAAGAGAAGGUUGAUUCCGCGAGAUCUCAUGGUGUUCAACCUGCCAAAAAACGCCGAUUCUCGGAAGACAACUCGUCGUCUGCCUCCAACGGACAAUCAAAAGUGGCCAUUGGUGCAGGCAACGGUGGUAAUGCGGAAGAAAGUGCUAAAAAGAAUGUGGAAGGCGAUGACGUUGUCACAAUUCCCAUGCCGGCUAAACGCAGCUGUCCCCCUCCCCCUGGCAUUAAUGGCUCUACUCCCAAUACCUCCCCAUCACAAACCCAGCUCUCCACGCUUUAUAGGGGGGCAUCGUGA